AUGGCUUCAGGAAAUCCUUUACCUAUCGAAACAUAUCUUAAAAAUUGGGAAGAAAUUUGUUCAAAUUUUUAUACAAAUGAUGAUAAACUUGCUGGUACAAUCGUUGGACUUGUAGAAUUUGCUUCACAUUCUAACGGGGAGGUAACCUUAAAUUUUUCCAAUGUUGACCAAACUAUGAUGGGAAAAACGGAAGAUUUAGAACCACUUUUUAAUAAAAUUGGAUUUAACAAUGGUGUAAUGUUAUUACCAAAAGAAUUCGAUAAAUAUCUUGAAAACAAACGUAAAAUUCGAUCAGAAUUUCAUCGUAAGAAAGCCAAAGAACUUCGUAAAGAAUUAAACGAUUUAUUAAAUUCUAAACCGGCACAAUAUACAGCUUUACAUCGUCGUUCGGAAUUAUCGACUUUUAUUAAUCAAUAUAAAAGUUCGGUUGGUGCAAAACCUUUCAUUAAAGCUUUAUUACGUAUGCUUCAAUUACAAUUAAAACAAUCAACUUUAAUAAGUUGGACCUUUUUAGAUGAUAUAUUUACUCAAAAUGGUCCUGAUUUUAUGAGAGCUAGCGUUAAUUUAUUAGUUAAUGUAUUGGGUUUUACUCAUACAGUUCAGCAAGUUGAUGAAAGUGGUCGAGGAGAUAAUUUGAGAACUUGGUAUAUGAACAGUUUAUUAAGUGAUACCAAUAUUAAAUCUUUAAUUGGAACCUUUCCAAAAGAAAAUUCUCUUGGUAAUGUAGGUGCAACCGGUUCAAUAGAAUUAUCUUCACAACAAAGACCCAUCGAAAUGAGUUCUUCCACAGGCAAUAUUAUUAGUAGGUUAUGUUAUCUACCUAUAAAGAUUCUUUUAGUUUGGUGGAGUCUUUCAAGAAUGUGGUUAAAUUUUUGUUUUGGAAUCAUCGGAUUUAAAAAGAACAUCCCGGAGGAGUCUUCUGUUUCUUCUGAGUUGCGUGUUUAA